AUAGGAUCUAUUUCUGUAAAUGCACUAGGGUUAUCACUCCACUUCGGCUAGCUCUGUCUCUCUCCCUCCCUCUCUCUCUUUAUCUUACACUGUCACCCACUUAGACAAAAUCAUGGCUGACAGAAACAGCCGGUUCAGUGUUAAGAAGAAAGAGAAGAAGGUGGAAAACAAAACAAAUGAUGAGAAGGACAGAGAAAAAGAAAAGGGGAAGGAAAAAAAUGUGAAGAAGCCGGACAAACCUGUGAAGAAGCCAGAGAAGACCCCCGAGCAGCCCAAGACGGAUGAAGAGAAGAGGAAUGGGGAAAGUGGAGGGGCAACAGGCGUGGAGGCAGCAAACAGUGAAGAAAAUGGACAGUUUCAGCCCAUAGAGCUGCCACCGUUUGAGAUUGUUACAGGGGAACAGAUGAGCCCAUUUUACUUCAAGUUUCAGUUCAGGAACGUGGAGUACUCAUCAGGGAGGAACAAAACCCUACUGUGUUUCAGAGUGGAUACAGCAGGAGGCAGCUCAGAGCCUCUGAAAGGUUAUAUGGAGGAUGAACAUGCCACAGCUCAUGCUGAAGAGGCCUUCUUUCAACAGGUGCUUCCUAACUCUUCCCAGGAGUAUGAUGUCACAUGGUAUGUAUCAUCCAGUCCCUGUGCGCCUUGUGCAGCCAAGCUGGCCAGCAUCCUGCAGCAGCGCAAAAAGCUCCGUCUCUGCAUAUUCUGCUCCCGUCUCUUUGAUUGGGAGCAGCCGGAGAUAGUUGAAGGACUCCGGGCUCUGGUGAGUGCCGGUUGCAAACUGCGGAUGAUGAAGCCAUCUGACUUCCUGCAUAUCUGGGAGACGUAUGUGGAGAAGGAGGACCAGAGCUUUACACCCUGGGAGGACUGUCAGGAGAACUACGAGUACUAUGUGGAGAAACUGGCUGAUAUCCUCAAGUAAAUGUGAGUCAUGCUACAGGCAGACAAGAUCGUCACACUGACUGAACCACAAAUCAGCCUACUUGAGAAAUCACCACCAGUUGAACAUUUGUUUCUUGCAGUCACAGCUGAUGGUGCAUAUCAGUAUUAGUUUUAAUGAACACUCAUGGCAAGAUUUUGUGUUUUUUAUUUGAUCAUUUCAUAGGGAGACACAAAAUGCUUGAAUUCCCAGAUAAAUAUAGCAUAAAGUAUCCAACUAGUCACUUUAGAAGAAAAAAAGCAAUAACAUUCAUUGCUGAAUCAUUUAUAAUAUUAAAUAAUCUUUGGAAGAGA